CUCGUCUCGCCAGCUUCCGUGCUGUCGGUAGCCUCCUGAGGACAGGUGGAGGUUAGCCGUCGCUCCCUUACUCGCGACUAAGGUUGCCCUCGUCGCCAUGCACGCUCUGCUCGCCAUCCCCGACGUGGCAGCCACGUCGCUCGAGCCGCACGUCGCGAUGUUGGACGUUCCCCAAGCGCUCACGAAUGGAGAUUUGCGAUCGAUCGACCGAUUCUCUAUCCGUCCCCCUCCCAACGUGACGCCUAUUACACGGCAAUACCACCGCCACCAUCAGUUUGUUGUCGUGCUUCUUGCUCGUCGCGUUGUCUGCUUCUCGCGUUCAUCCGCUUUUCCUGUUCGCCUUCCUCAGACGCUCGGCUUCGGGUGAAGUGUUUGUCGAAAUCCGUCCGUCCGUCCGUCCGUCCGUCCGUUCGUCCAUCCGUCCUUCCGUUCGGCGAACCCUGCGAUUUCUUUCGCCAAGCCAAAAUCCGCGAGGCGCGGGUUGAUUCUGGUGGGGCACCGCGUUGUUAUCAAGCGCUGAUAAUCUCUCGGGGGAUUCGGAGCCGAGACUGCUUUGGCGCCAUGACUUUCAGUUGGCUCACUCUUCUCGGUCUCGUCGUUCUCUUCAUCCUGCUCUCUCCGGGGCUUCUGCUCCAGAUCCCCGGUGACAACCAGCCUAUAGAGUUCCGCAACUGGCGCACGUCGCUGGCGUCGGUGCUGGUGCAUGCGGUGGUGUUCUUUAUCGUGGUGUUGCUGUGUGACGAGUACUUCUCCGCCAGUGCCGCUGGUGGCGGGAAGCACGAUUAGGGGAGGUCAAGUUGGUCUGUGGCGGGCGCUUGUGCUGGUGCAUGCGGUGGUGCUCUUCAUCGUUGUCCUGUUGUGCGACGAGUACUUUUCCGCCAGUGCCGCGUGUGGCGGUGGGAAGAAAGACUAGUGAGGGGAGAGAUGGUGAGGGAGGGAGGGUCUGACAUCAGUGUGGUGCAAUGAUGUUUCCCCUCGUCGUUCUGGAGUGUGACAUGAGUAAUUCUCUCCUAGGGCUACCAGUGGUGGGGGGGGGGGUGCAUGACUAGGCUAGUGCUGAUGCUGCUGUUCAAGGGGGCAGUCUGAAAAUCAGACGGGUUCUUAGAGCUUCGUGUGACCGUCAGACGGAUUUAUUUUUCUUGUCUUACGAUUCAAACGAAAUGCAAGCACAUGUCAGAGUCUGA